GGGGGGUUGAGACUCGAUGAUCCUUGAGGUCCUUUUCAACCCAGGCCAUUCUAUGAUUCUAUGAUUAAGUAGAUGAAUGUAAAAGGUGUAAAUGAGUAAAAGGUCUGCUGUUUGUCUUGCUUGAGAAUAUAUUUACAAUGUAGACCCUGAGGUGAAAAAAAAAAUCAGCAUUCUCAGUAUUUGAUGAGGCUACCUUAUUAAGGAAUUAUGAAAGUAUAUUUCCUGUUAUAAAGCAUAUCUCAACAAGCAGACAAAUUUUACUGAAUCUCCCCACUAACUUCUGGAAAAUUGCAUAGAUGCUUAAGUACUUUCUUUGUAUUUUAAGUGUUUGAAUCAGAGUACAGCUACCACAUAGACAGUAUUGAAUAAAGCAUGUAGAGCUUUAUGCAUGGUUAAGUUAGACAUCUUGUAUGACAUGCAGUGCAGCUUAGCUAUGCAAGUUAAAUGAGUCAAGGUAGGUUUUCGUAUCAGAUGUGUCUUCUUCUUUUUCCGGGGAAAAGAAGAAAGACACUUGUUUAAUACUUUGCCUUGAGCAGGGCUGGGAGAGCAGUUGUAAGGUGAUGGGUUUAGUGUUACUAAAUCUGUUGGUAGUUUUCUAAAUGGAAUGGUAGGAAGGUACUAUGGAGGUGGCAUUAGGGAAGACUUGGAAAGCAAGUUCCUUAAAAAAAUGCAGACCACUUGGAUUAAUUUAAAAAUUGUCAAGCAAGAAAUUAGCAUCAGCUUGCGUUUUCAUUAACUUCCUACAAAAACUGUUUUUAAUGGUUGGUGUGAUUCUGUACUGGAUAGUAUACUAGUAAAUCAACUGAUUACAUCUCUUUGCUUACUCUGCCCAGCAUCUUCCAAAUCUUUUUUGUGUGCUGGGGAAAAAAAAAAAAGUCUCCAUUAUAGCUUUCCAGCUGCUUUCUCUAGUGUUAUAAAUAAAACUGAAAAUAGCUGGAAAAAACAUCUUUGAAUGUCUAGAAGAUAAUAGUCUGUCGAAACACUCACUGAAGUGUUUCAAGGUGCUCUAGCCUAGUCAUUUUGCUUUAGAUGAUUUGAAAUGCACACUGCAGUUUGACUGGUUUAAUAUGCUAAAUCAUGUUCAUAGAUGUAAUUUUAAGUAUUUGAAUACUUUAAUACUUCCUAAUGAUGAUUUCUUUCCAAGAAAAUAAUUGCUAACAGAGAGCAGGGUAUAGUUUCGUGGCUGUUUCUGGGAUGUUUCGAGCACAACUUGCCUGCCUUUGAACAUCAUGAGUAUUUCUUGCUUUGUGCUAGUUGGGGCUUCUGUGUACUGAGGUUUGAGGAGCUGAUGGAAUUUAAAACCUUUCCUUCCUGUCUUCAGUGGCUGACUUGAGAUGCAUUUAUUUAUGAGCCUGUUUGGUGCUUUUGUAUGAAAACAAUUGUACAGGAAAAAAAAAGUGGAGAGAAAGGAAGGUGCUUGCUCAUGUGUUGAGGGCUGGGGCCUGUUUCAAAGGCUCUUCUAAAACUUAAAACCAUUAUACAAGACAGGGGGCAAAAUCUUGCAGUGAUAUGCAGAAGAUGGUAAAUUUAAAUGUAAAAAUGUUCUAAGGAUAAGAUUCAGAAUAGUGUAGAAGGUAGCUGUUCAAACAUCAAGAACUUCAAGCUUCUGAGUGACUGGAUAAUGGAGAUCCAGGUUGGAUAUUAGGAACAAUUUCUGCUCGGAAGGAAGUGGUAAUGCGUUGGAGCAGACUGCCCAGGGAAGUGGUUGCUGUCCUUGGAGGUGUUCAAGAAAUGUGUAGAUGUGACGCAGAGGAACAUGUUUUAGUGGGCAUGGUGGUGAUGUGUUGAUGGUUGGAUGAGAUGAUCUUAGAGGUCUUUUCCAACCUUUGUGUUUCUAUGAAAUGGCAAAUGAAAUCCAGUGUGAAUAGUAGAGUACGCAGUGGGAAGAGAAGAGGUGGCUAUGGGCUGCCUGUUUGCGGAUAGAAUGAGAACCUGGAAUUUCUAAUCAGUCUCUGACAUUUUUAAUUCAAUGCCUCAUUGCAGCACUGGGGAGAAAGACUGGAAGUGUUAUUCCUGGGAGAGAGGAGAGAAUAAAAAAUGACCCGUGCUGCAGGCUCAGCUACAGUUCUUUUGUUAGACUCUACAGCGGCGGGUAAUUCACUGGUCCAUAAGCGGUCUCCUUUACGUCGAAGUCAUAAGGCAUCAGCAUCCUUGCCCAAACUGUCAUUACGUGAUGGACAGAAAGCCAAAAAGCCACCGUGUAAAUUUGAAGAAGGUCAGGAUGUCCUAGCUAGAUGGUCAGAUGGCUUGUUUUAUCUUGGAACUAUCAAAAAGAUAAACAAACUGAAACAGAACUGCUUCAUUAUAUUUGAGGACAGUUCCAAGUCUUGGGUUCUCUGGAAGGACAUACAAACAGGGGCCACUGAAAGUGGGGAAAUGGUCUGUACAAUAUGUCAGGAAGAGUAUUCAGAAGCACCGAAUGAAAUGGUUAUAUGUGAUAAAUGUGGGCAAGGUUAUCAUCAGCUGUGCCACACACCAAAUAUUGAUUCCAGCGUGAUAGAUUCAGAUGAUAAAUGGCUCUGUCGACAGUGUGUUUUUGCAACAACAACUAAGAGAGGUGGUGCGCUUAAGAAAGGACCAAAUGCCAAAGCACUGCAAGUCAUGAAACAAACUUUACCAUAUAACGCAACAGACCUUGAAUGGGAUGCAGGUCAUAAAACCAAUGUCCAGCAGUGUUACUGCUAUUGUGGAGGACCUGGAGACUGGUAUCUAAAGAUGUUGCAGUGCUGCAAAUGUAAGCAGUGGUUCCACGAGGCUUGUGUGCAGUGCCUCCAAAAGCCAAUGCUUUUUGGUGACAGGUUUUAUACGUUCAUUUGCUCAGUUUGCAGUUCUGGACCAGAAUACCUCAAACGUUUACCCCUGAGAUGGGUAGAUAUAGCACAUCUAUGCCUUUACAACCUAAGUGUUAUUCACAAGAAAAAAUACUUUGAUUCGGAGCUUGAACUCAUGGCAUACAUAAAUGAAAACUGGGAUAGAUUACAUCCUGGUGAGCUGGCAGAUACACCAAAAUCUGAAAGAUAUGAGCAUGUACUGGAGGCAUUAAAUGAUUACAAGACCAUGUUUAUGUCUGGAAAAGAAAUAAAGAAAAAGAAGCAUUUGUUUGGCUUGAGAAUUCGUGUUCCUCCUGUGCCACCAAAUGCUGCUUUAAAGGCUGAGAAAGAACCAGAAGGAACUUCUCAUGAGUUCAAAAUUAAAGGCAGAAAAUCAUCUAAACCAAUCCCUGAUGUGAGGGAAUUAAGUAAUGGUAUAGAAAGAAAGGGGAAAAAAAAAUCAGUAGGUCGUCCACCUGGUCCCUAUACAAGAAAAAUGAUUCACAAAACUCCAGAGUCGUCUCCUCUGGAUACUGAACCAGUUCCAGUGAUAGAGACCCCAGCCUUGGAAUUACCCUGCUCUGUUGGGAAAUCCGAUGGAACUGCACAUUCAUCCAAUACCUCAGAUGUGGAAUCCACAGGUGCUGCCAGUAUGAAAGAAACUACCUCAUCUAGCAUAUCCAGACAUUAUAGUAGUUUAUCUGACUCAAGAAAAAGGACUCGUACAGGAAGAACUUGGCCUGCUGCAAUACCGCAUUUGAGAAGAAGAGGUCGCUUUCCACGAAAAGCACUCCAGACUCAAAAUUCAGAAAUAGUGAAAGAUGAUGAGAGCAAGGAAGAUUACCAGUAUGAUGAACUCAAUACGGAGAUACUUAACAAUUUAGCAGAUCAGGAGUUACAGCUCAAUCAUCUAAAGAACUCUAUUACUAGUUACUUUGGUGCAGCAGGUAGAAUAGCUUGUGGUGAAAAAUACCGUGUUUUGGCUCGUCGGGUGACACUUGAUGGAAAGGUGCAGUAUCUUGUGGAGUGGGAAGGAGCAACUGCAUCCUGACUGUAGGACUGAACAUUAUGUUCACUGCACUGUCAUCUGUAAGUACAGUUCAUAAUGCAGAGCCAUGAGAGAAGUGUGUCUUUAAAUGUUUCUAAAAACAAAACAAAACCAAUUUAGCCUUAACAUGUAAUUGUUAUCAUUACAGCUCUUGUGAUAAAGACUUAUCUUUUUAAAAUCAGAUCUGAAACUUAAAUUUUUUAAUCUGAACACUGUUAGAUUGUUUUAGGUUGGGAUAUUUUGGGUUACAAUUGCUUAAAAAUGUGCAUGGUGUUUAAAAAAAAAAAAAAACAUUUUCUAGAGAACAUUCCAUGGAUACAGUUAUUGUGAUUUAGAGAAAUAUUAUGUAGAUAGCACAAAUCUUUGAAAUUUUUUUGGUUUGUUUUCUUACCCAAAUGUUUGCAGAAAUGUAUUUCUAUUUCAAUACUUUCUAGAUUUCGUAAGUGCAGUGUAUAUAAUGCCUACUGAAGACUGUAAAAUACUGAAGUUUUCUUUCAAACAGUGUAAAAAAAAAAAAAAAGAAAAAAUAUAUUGAGCCUGUAAAUUGCUCUGUGACCAGACUUCAUUGUCUUCUUAAUAUAUUCUGUGUGUGUGCGCAUGUGUUUGUGUAUAUACAUAUGUAUAUAUGCACGCACAUACUUGUGUGUGUGUGUGUAUAUAUAUCUGUGAUUGUGACCUAUGCAAUACAAAUUAUGGGAUUGGACAGCUUCUGAGUAUACAUCCCAUAAUUCUUUUUUCAGGAAUAGUUGCCAGUAUUUACACAGCAGCAUUUCUUCUCAGGCUUAUUGGGUGCUGUUGCUUUCUGUGUACUAAGGAAAAUGUCAAACCAGUGCAGCGUGUUCUGGCAAUGGGUGCAGUCCUUGAUGUUCAUAUGCCUUGGGGUAAUAUAUUCCUUUCUUUUCCAUGUGACUUAACAGUUAAAAAAAAAAAAAGCGCAGGAUUAGAACAUUAACAACUAGAAAUAACUGUUUAAAAGCUAUUGUGGCACAUUGAUUGUAAAUUGUGUCCCAUUUAUAAACUAAGUUGACGGGAGUUGCACAAGAUUCCUAUGUAUGUGUAGAAACAGUCAUAUUUUGGUAAAGGUAGUAUAAGCAAAGUGUUAUUGCACAGGGUCAACAAAAGUAUGUUGCCAUUUGAAGUAACAUUAAUGGUUUUAAUACAAUAUUACCUCUUUUGUUUUUAUAAAACGUACCAAGUUCUAAAUUGAUAUGUUCAUUUUACUUGUUUUUUAAUCAGAAACGUCUCCUGCCAGUAUUACGUGUUCUGUCUGCUACUUUUGAGGGGGGAUAGCCAAAGAGUGAACGGAGGAAGAAUAUUUUUACAUUAGUGGUUACUCAGUGUACAGCAUAAGCUUUCUUCUCUUACGAUUACAGUUGACCACCAAAAUAAAAUUAAGCAAUGUAAAUGACAGAGUGGUUUAAAAUUUACAACCUGAGUUAGUACUUUCUUAUUCCAUUACUUGAUUAUUUGACUCCUUUUUUUCUGCUCAUCUUGACAGGGUGAUUUUCUUCUAAUUAUUAUUUUUUUCCUGUCACCUUAUAGCCAAGGGAAACCUUUAAUCCUGUGCUUGGUUUAUGACUGGCUUGGUAAUACUAGCUUUAUAAAAAUGCUAAUUAAAAACUGCCACCUCUGUUUAUCUUUACUAAAUUUUUUUUCCUCACACCCUCAGCUAUUAAUUUAAUGUUGCCUUGUCUAUAGCUGCAAUAUUUUGAUAACACAACAUCUUCAUGUUAAUUUUUUGAAUGUUUAUAUAUUGGGAUAAUGCAAAAUGUAAAGCCUUUGUAACCUUACUCACAACAUCUGUAUUUGUCUAUUUCACUUUAUCCAAGUCCUUUAAUUCUAACUGAACACCAGCAGUAUUUUCAGUAAAGCUUCAGCAUUUGAAGAUGAAUAUUGGAAUAAAUAUUGGAAUGUACUUGGGGACUUCAGCUGGGGGUGUAGGGAGGGGAAUAUUUGUCAAACUGUCCAUAGUCUUAAUAUUGUGAAUGUCAUUGUUUCAUUUUAUUAUGAUGGUUGAAUUGACUCUGAUGUUCAGUUUGUAUUUUUGGAAUUGCUUUUUUCUUAGAAUUAAAGACCAACAUUAAAUGUGUGGGUUUUUUUUUUUUUUGAGAGAAGAGUGAGUUUUGGGUCUUUAUUCUCCUGAAAUCCAUACUUGUGAUUGCCUUCUGUCCACAGUUCCUCUAUCUCUGGCUUGCUUGUUGCUCUUCUAGAGAUACUUGCCCUGUGCAUAGAUGCUAACUAGUCUUCCAGCUGCACUUGAGAGAUGCUUUGUUGCAAGGUGUCAUGUACUGGAAAAUGCUACAGUGGUGCUGCUGAAGCUAUGGCUAGAGUAAUACAAAUGGCUUUCUCUCAUUUUAUGUGAAUCUUAUUGUAUGUGGUAAUGGAGUGGAAAAAUACAAAUGUUGCUGUAUGUAACGAUUUUCUUUUAGUUUGACUUAAUCAUUUUUUGUAUGCAUGUGUGUAAAUAUAUGUAACUCAGCUUUGUUGUGGUCACUGAUUUAGAACAUUUCCCUUGUGUACCAAAUUUGAUACUUUUUCCAUUUUAUAUUAUUUGUAUCACUGUAAUAUUUAGAUAGGAGAACUCUGUCUUGAGGCCAUCCUAAAAAAUGUAGGCAUCAAAUAGAUAAACAAGACAGCAAAGAAAUAAUGACACAUUACCGGUCCGGAUUCUGAAAUAAAUAUCAUAGCAAACUAUUUGUCAAAUCCUUGUUCAGAAGAAAAAUUUGAAAAGGCACUUUUUCCUCUUUAGCUUGAAGAGGAGUUUUCUGUGCUCUUCUAUGUGUAACAGGUAUUUGAUAUGAGUUUAAUAAGAAAUUUUGAAAGGUCUUUCAGUGUGAUAAGUGAAUGUCAGUAUUUUGUUUUAACGUGGAAGACUAGAAACCCAAAUGAGACCUUGAAGGUGAAGGAAAGCAGUUUGUUGCCUUGCGAGCAGGAGGAAAGAUAAGUGGAUCAAUAGAAAAGUAGUCGAGUGUUUGAAACAUCUUACUCAAGUGAUCUUUAGUGUUGUAUUUUAAAAGGGAAUUGGUGUCUUCAGAUGGAACAUACCAAGGCUGGAGAUGGAGCAGUAGUCAGAACACAGUGAUAAGGAUGAACUGGACAAGAGCAUCGGUUCUGUGCACUGAGGGAAGAGGAUGGAUCUUCAAAUACUACGCAGGUAACAUUUUCAGGCUUUAAACCAUGUCACUUCCCUAGUUCCCUGAUGUCUACCUGAAUGAGAAGUAACUUUGCGGUUAAGGAUAUGAUGGCAGAAAAUAUUUUCUAGAAAUGGAGAAAAGGGUUUAGUGUGGAAUUUUGCAUUUAGUCAAUGUGGAACCUUAUGCCUAAAUAUCUUUGUGGAGGUGUCGGGUCUAUUUAGAUCCUAGUUAGGUCAGAAAAAAUGGGAACAAGUGAGGGAAAAUGUUCAACCUAAUGUUCGAGGGAGAGUUGAGUUUUGGAAAUUGAAUCCAUUGCCUGUAGAUAACUGUUUAAAGAAGAAAAAGGGAAAGAAUCCUUAGAAGUUGCUGAAGAAAGUUGAAAGGAGAAUGACCAUCUUUUGAAAAAGACAGUACAGGGCAAUUAGAAAAACAAAAAGAAGAGUAGAAACAAACUGUGCACAGUGUAAGAAUGAAGUUGGAAUUCAUUGUUUUUGACACCUCCAUCUUUCAGCAGUUAUGAAAUAGGAUUUUGUACUGUGUCAUUUCACUUGAACUCUGUGGUUUUUAUCUUAACAAGAAUGCAUUGGACAUAGUUAUCUUUUUUUAGUUCCUGUUUAUAUAUUUCUAUUUCUGCUAUAGUUUUGGGAUCGUUCUUGACAUGCAUUGAAAACUUCCAUCUUUCAUUUGGGGCAUCAUAGUGGUUUGGCCAUGACAUGUAGAAACGCAGAACUGAAAGCUAGCUCAUUUCUGCUGGUUUUGGUUGGCUGGUGUUGUUUUUUUUUUCCCCAGAUUUCUGUAGUGAGAUCCAUAUACCGUGAAAUAAAGUUGUUCUGAUUUUUAUUCAUAUCAAGGUACUUCGCUUUGCAUGUAUGUGCAUUGUAUACGCAUACAUACAUACAAGUGCAUGAAUGCUCAUGUCCAAGAAACACGAGAAGAACUUGAAUUGUAUUUAAUUAAAAUGAAAAAUUAUUACUUUUAAUGAAGUCUCUAAGUGGGCUGUGAAAUGCUUAUUAAAAAGUCUUUGAAGGAUUGUUUAAAAAAAAUAAAUAUUAAUUCAGUUCUUACCUUCA